UCGCGACUCGGGCCGGAGCUGCUGCUGCUGCGGCCGCCGCUGCUCCAGACACCGGCGCGGGACGCUCCCUCCAGCGCACGAGCAGAAGCGAGCAGGCCGGGGAGCCACGCGAAGGCCCCAGGGGGACGUUCCUGCACCUCGCCCCGGUUGCGCGCGUCUCUCCGCCCGACCCUCCCGGCUGCGUCGAGACUUUGAGGGAAUGGACCUGCCCCUGGAGGACCCUCCAGCCCAGCCUCAACCGGAGCUUCCACAGCCGCUUCCACCAGCCCAGGUGUGUGAGCUGCGCACUGCGGUGUCUUGCUUUGCUGAGGAGACUGUCUCGCUGCUCUCGGUCAACGGCCUGCUAAGCCACUCCCUGCUCAGAACAGGAGGCAACGCUGGGCCGCAGCAAAGGGAGCCAGGGGGCUCCUCCAGCACGGCCCGGCGCAAGCGGGAAUUCACCCCGGACGACAAGAAAGAUGACGGCUACUGGGACAAGAGGAAGAAGAACAACGAGGCGGCCAAGCGCUCUCGGGAGAAGCGGCGGGUCAGCGACCUGGCGCUGGAGGGCCGGGUGCUGGCGCUGCUGGAGGAGAACGCCCGCCUCAAGGCGGAGCUCCUGGCCCUCAAGUUCCGCUUUGGCUUGAUUCGGGAUCCGGCUGAGCCUCACCAGCCCGUGAUUGCUCUUGCCACCGAGAUCCACCACCCACCAGCCCCACCCCAGCACUACCCUGUGGCUCCUGACGCAGCACCCCACUAUGCUUGCCCUUUCCGCCCAGAGCCAGCCACCAGCUCUGAGGAUUCUGGCUUCUCCACGCCAGGCAGUUCCAGCAUGGGCAGCCCUGUCUUUUUCGAGGAGCGCGACAGGGCAGAGGAAGGGGUUGCCUACGACGGGCACUGCCUGGUGCCCGAUGCCCCGAGCGAGGGAGCUGACGUGGGUCGGGUUGGCCGUUAUGAGUCCGGGGAGAGUGUCAAAGGCCUCCCCCACAAGCUGCGCUUCAAAAUGGCCGGGGGGGCAGAGGAGACAGGCGGGGAGCAAUCUGGACCUUACACGUCAUCUCCACCGGUAGGAACCUGGAGGGCCCCAGCUGCACGGGAGGAGCAGAGGAAUGUCGCCGGCCCUGUGGGCACAAUGGCCUUUGAGAAUUGCUGUGAGGUGGAGGCUCCCGGCGCCCAGCUGCCCGCCCCGCUGGGGCCUGAGUACCAGGCGGAAAACAGCACCUUGCGAAACCAGCUGGCAUCACUUUCAGCUGAAGUGGCUCAGCUGAAAAAGCUCUUCGCUGAACAGAUCCUGAUCAAGAUGAACUGAGCUGGGGGUGGGCGGAGUGCAAGACUGAAGGGUGGCAUCGUAGGGGUUAAUCUCCCCCUCCCCAUCUCCAGAACUAUAUAUAUAUAUAAAUGGGUAUUCUGUGUUUGUAUAGAAUUUGGCCCUGUGUGGUCAGUUUUCAUCUGUUUAAAUUAAUUCAAGCAACAGCCAACAGCCCUCCUUUAGAAUAUGUGUUCCUCAUCGCCGUGGCCCUGUCUUAGUGACUUUCAAAUUUCCUUACGUUCAGGGAACCUUUAUCUUCUAGCUGCAUGACCUUCUCUUGUCCCCAUCCCUUGUGCAUUUCGGAAGAUUCUGGGAGGUGUUUUUAGGUGACGAACACUCAGCUUUUGGGCAGCAAAUGCCCGUUCUGUGUUGAGGAAGUUCGAGGGGGGCGGGACAUGGCCAUCGGUCCUUCCAAGAAUUUCAUCAGCCACUUGCCUGUCUUUUUAUUUGAGGGACCUCAACAAGCUUCCAGGGUUCUGGAGAACAGUUUGGGAGACAAGCAUGAGAAUGACCACCCCAGUGCAUCUUAUCUAGUUCUGACUCCCUAGUUGUUUCCUCAACCACAAUGGGGAUCUCAUCUGGACCGUACGCUUCAAAAGAAUCCUGGGAACCGGAAGAGGGAUAAUAAUAAUAUUCCUUCCAACAGAAAAAUAAAACACAGUAAUCUAUUAAACAUUAAAAGCCUCCCUGAACAGGGCUGCCUUCAGAUGUCUUCUAAAAGUCUGGUACUGUAGUUGUUUUCCUCUUUGACAUCUGUUGGGAGGGCGUUCCACAGGGCAGGCGCCACCACCGAGAAGGCCCUCUGUUAAACCACUUGGGGAAUUGUAGAUCUGCUUUAAGCGAUUAGUGCACCCCUGUUUGGUGGUGGUGGUGGUUUUUGCUAGGUUGGAAAACUGAAGUAGACCAGGUGAGUUCCCAGAUGUCUGUGGGUGUUGAUAUCCCUUUCAGAAACUGCCAGCCCAAGAACCUGACCUGGUGAACGAAUGAGAGGAAAUGGGCUGAAAGCCUGGGGUGAAGGAGAGGCAUCCGCUGGGACAACAAUUCCAUUCCUUGUACCUUUCCUUGCCUCUUUCAUUUCUUCCCCUAGUGCCGCCUGGAAGCCAAACCCUCUGACCACCCUUACUGUGGACACUUUGCGAUGGAGGACAGGCACUUUGCACAUGCUUAAAACAGCUCUCCUUUUGAUUCUUUGGUCAUGCUUCAGUGUGGAACCCUGCCACUGAGAACGUUCAGAUUUCGGUUGAUUUUAACCGUCUACUUUCUAAACUAAUCAUUUUGGUGAUUUAAAUAAAUCUGUGUAUUGCCAUGAUCUAAUAAUGAGCUCGGGUUUUUUUUCUUUUUUUGAGAAAAAACGCAACUUUUAAAAAUAAGCAAAAGUUACCACACAUCUAUAGAAGGGAAGACUCUUGCUUUUUCAUUCCUUGUCGCAGCAAACGCCAGAAUCAAAAGAGGCUCCUGAAAUAAACAUAACAGGAAAGAAGCAUAAGAACUCGUGGCCUUCCUGAGGCCUAUUGGCCCCUGCCAACCUAAAUAUUUCCCUCAGUAUUCUGAAAAAGUAAUAUUCAGAAGUGUGUGGGGGGGGGUGCACGCUCAG